AUGAGCUCCUUUGAGGCUUCCAAAUUUUCUCAAACUCGCUCACGCGUUGCUACGUUGGGUAAACGACCACCUCUAUUGCAUCGUAGCUCUGAUCCUGAAUUCAGCGAUGCUAAAUUUGACGAUGCUGUUGAUAUGGGUGAAAAUGCAGUGUGGGCGAAUCUAGAAGAACUCAUUUAUGCUGAAAAAGACGUCGAGAUCUUUCGUCUAAGCCAAAAUGACUCGAGUUUACCUGUUUAUUAUGCCAAAGGGUGGCUGCCAUUCUCAGCCGAUACGCUAUUUGAUGCACUGAUGGACGCACGAUACAGAGAAUCUUGGGAUAUGACUGUGCAUGAGCUACAUGUAAUCGAGCGUCAAAACGUGAGCGACGUCAUGUACUUUGCAUUGAAGCUACCGUGGCCUUUGGCUGAUCGGGAUUACGUCUAUCGACGACAAAUUAAGUUUUACCCGACCCAGAAUGCAUUCGUCGUGCUCUAUCAAGCUGCAAAUCAUGGUGAUGCUCCAGCCCAUGAUACUCGAGUGAGAGUAGAGACGUGUACGCUGAGUUUGUCCAUUCGUAGUCUACCGAGUUCGAACGAUUCGUGUGACUUUCAUCUUGAGUAUGAGGACGACACGGAUUUUAGUAUUCCAAAUUAUAUGGUGAAUUUGCUGCUACGGACAAGGAUGCCUUCAUUCAUGACUGAAUUGCGUAAAGCUUGUACUGGAUAUGCUGACUAUGUCAAAACGUUAGACGACGACGGGAUACAAAGCAUUCCUUCUCGAGUUGUGCGGCAUAGAAGCGACGCUGCUGAUGCGGCGUUUGUACCAGUUAGUGUGAGCUCUACUUCCAGUAAGAGCGCGAUUGGGCCUAUUGUGACUGAAGAACAAAAAACCGCGACAGCCAGCCCACGACCACAAGGCAGGGUUUUCUUUAACAAUAAACGACCGGCUCGUCGGGUGACUGAUAGUAGGAGCGAGGAAUGGGAUGACGAUGACGCGCCUCGCAGUGACCCGCCUACUAUGCAAGGCAGACGAAUACGCUCUCUUUCAACGGAGCUUGAAGUCAAGCGUCCGGACUUCACUCAUUUAAACCAUUCUUCCUCGGCAGACUGUCUCAGCUCUGCAUCGUUUCUCAAAGCUCCAUCAUGUGUGGCGAGAUUUUCUUGUGCGAGCUCAGUAACAUCAGUAGAUACAGCUUCACGCAGUGGAUUUGGAUUAGUAACGCCAUUAGACGAUGACUUUGUUGUCAAUUUCCGAAAGCAAAAAACUGGUCUGCAUGUGAAGGCUGACGUCUUUUCAAACAAGGUGCUUGUAGCUUUCUGCAAGAAACACGGUGAGGCUGGAUCUUGCGGUGAGCACAUUGAGCCAGGAUUUCUCAUGACUUCAGUGAAUGGUAUCUCAGUGAGUGAUUUUAAGUUUAGUGAUAUCAUAAGCGAGAUCCAGAGAGCUCCGCGUCCACUCAAACUUGGCUUUACUCGUCCCGACCGGGAAGCACCGCUUCAGUAUCAUUACUUCAAGGAACCACAGAAUGUUGUAAAGUGCCUCGUGUCCAAGGAAGACAUAAAUGAUUUGGUGGGCGCAUUACGUCCGCUCGAUGAAGGUGGAGCUAUAAGUGCCAUGCUCAAGUGCGACUUUGUUGCAUUUCGUGCUCCAUCUGUGACUGCAAAAGCGAAAUUUGCCUCUGCUAGCAGCAGCUCGGCACUUUCAGAGCUUUCGUCCUCGAAACCUGGCAUGACGUCCACGCCAGACCCUUCUACAUCUUUUUCACAAUUGGGGACAGAACGUGUGCUUGUACCAGCAGGCUACCUCAUUUACGAGAUUAAUGAUUUGUACGUUCUGGAUAUGCCGUUUGAUGAGAUAACUCACUUGCUGCGCUGCAGUGGCGACUCAUUCGUGGUAACAAUCAUAGCGGCAGCAGCGAUUGUGGGUGAAAGCAAGCGGCAUCCCUUAAAGAACAAAUGCAAAAUUCCAAAGCGUUUGUCAGGUGUGUUUGGAAAAAAGCGCAACGUUGGUGAUGCUAGUACAACAGCAAACAUUGGCUCGACCUCGUCGCAAGAGUGGACAAGCAAGAGAGGUGUGUCAUCUCAGCGACGAGUUGGAAGCGCUGAGAAUGAAAGCAAGUUCGAAAACUGCGGCUUAACGGACUAUUCUUCUGUUAUCGUCACGUCCAGCAACAUCGACUGGGUGUGGCAGCAGGUGGUGCUUUUGAAAGCUACUGAACGUAUAUUCUCAGCUGGACUUCUCAUUGAUCGGCUAGAAGCAUUUUUGGCCAAAACCAAUAGUACAAACGAGAUCAGCUCAGCGGCGAAGACUAGGGUCUUAAGGGCAAUGCACGAUGAGCGAGAGUUGGUUGACCACAUCAAAGAACGACGUGAUCAAGGUGUGAAAGCGCUAAAAGAGUUCAGCGACAAGGAGUGUGACGAUGAGUGGCAAUUCGGGCACACGAUGUUGGGUGUGACCACAUUCUGGAAACCUGAUGAGGAUGGAUCGGUAUGGAUCAAGCUGGAAGGUCAUGUCGACGGCGUGGACAUUUUCAACACAAUAUCUGUUAUCCGCGAGGUGGAUCUAUACAGUGUGUGGGCGCCGUUUUUCUCGCAAUCACUGCUGAUUGAGGAAACCGGUCAUGUGGAACUCGCAGCGUACCUGGCUAUAACAUCUCCGUUCUUGCAGCGUGAUACUGUUGUCCGAGCAUUCGGCAUAAAUGCUGUCUACGAGAGUCGAUGUCUGCUGUUACUUGGAGGAUCUGUUGACGCAUCAUCAGUGACAAGCUCCGUUCCAGUCCCUACAUUGCAAGGGUGGAACGCAAAACGUAUUGAAGUCAAAGGCUUCCGUGCUCUGAUUGAACCUCUCACCCGCAUGCAAGCUCGCACUUGCAUUGUGGCCAAUAUUGAUCCCAAGUUUGCGAUUCCCAAGCCCAUGCUAAACUUUGGUAUCAAGAAGAUGGCUGGUGUUGUGCUGCACCUUAUUCGUAAAGAAGCCGAGAAGAUUCAAAACAACCACAAAAGUCCUGCAGCGAGUGCUGUGAAUGAGCACCUGCAUCGUAUCAAGAGCGACCCUAGUGGUUUUUACACAUGGCUCAGGCCAAUUGUCGACAAGUACUUUGCUGACCAACACAACAACAACCUCCCAGCCCCUCUCUCUUUGAUUUCCAAUGUGCAAGUUGAAUGGACCGCAGAUACUGACGAUAUUUGCAUGCGUGAAGAACUAAGCACCAGGCUCGAACGUCCGCGACUCGCAACAAAGCGACGUACACGUGCUUUUGAGCGUCACGGUAACAGUGCAUCGUCGAUCGACGGUCCAGGAAGUUUCGUCGCGUCUGCUUCAAUUCCAAGCAAACACUGGUACGACUACAUCCACGACUUUGCCAUUUGGCCAUAUGUCAUCCUGUUUAUCUUCGCCAAAAUGUCUUCAGGUCUUCCUUUGCCUCACGCAUGCGCGCUCAAGUUUGUCUUCACGUGUACUUGUACAUGGUUGGCCGUUCCUGGUGUAUAUCCUCAUUUUAUUCGACAGCGCAAACGAAGAUGCAAUGAACUCAAACCUCUUCGACAGCAGUGUCUUGCACUUGCAGCGAUUUUGGACGUAUUGAGCUCAUGGGCAUUACGUGUUUGGGUUCGUUGGGGACAGUGUUUUCUCACCACACUAUUGCAAGAUUCGACCGCUCGAGACGUGUGUUUUUCUCGCUCACCUGCGCAAGUGCGUGAAUCAGAAGACUAUAUCAUGCUGCUUCUAUGCUUUCUCUAUGCAAGUAUCAUUGUUAGUAUCCAGCUCCUAGUCCACAUGUAA